AUGCUCAUGGGACAUGUCGAUCUAGCCCUGACUUACGAGCGCGACCAGGAGCAGAUCUCCGUUGCGGAAAAAUGGGCUGUCAAUGCAGGCUGUGUUUCCCAUGAUCACUUCUGUGUAGUUUGUCCAUUUGAUGAUCCGGCGAUUAUCAAAGACGCAAAGUCACCCCAAGAAGCAUUUUAA